GCCCGGACCUGUUCGGGAUCCGAAAGUCGGAUUAGCCCGGAGCUCUUCACGACUAUCAGGACCAUAUAGAUCGGUCCUUGCUUUUCAGCCUGCACUUGUCAACUCGCUUUGCCCUCUCAGCGAUGCCCAUGGAGGGACUUACUAGAGACCAGAUAGAUCAGAUUCAGUUCUUGGACAUCGAAUCUCGGCUACAGGGCGUCGACAGAUCAUGGUCACCGAAUACAGUCAGAGUCCGCAUGGUCUUGAACUACAAAAAGAUACCCUACGUAGAAUCUUACAUCUCAUAUCCCGACAUUCGAGCCUUUGGCGAGAAGUAUGACCUGCCUCUGAAUACCAAUUAUGAUCCACCGAGAUCGACACUCCCAGCGAUUCUCAUCCGGGACAAACAAGGCAAAGUGAUCAAGGCAAUGUUGGAUUCGAGAACCAUCUCGGAGCUAUUGGACAAGUUGUACCCUGAUCCUCCCAUUUUCUUGCUGCCCAUGGGAGAUGAGGAUACAUCGAAGGAUGGGACGACAGUGACGAUGAGGCGGUUCGUCAGGCUUCUCUCACCUGCUUGGGGUGCGGGACACAAUAUCGUCGUACCAAGCAUCCCCAGCAUCUUGGACCCAAGGGCAAAAGUCUACUUUGUGGAGGAUCGAGCGAAAGACGAUCCAUUAGGACAGAACCGAAGUCCUGAAGAUUGGGGAGCGGAAAACCCGGAGGAUGAUUGGGAACCUUUCAUCAAGGAGCUCAAGGCUCUCGCCGAACUGUUCGUCCAUUCAACCGAAUCGUCUCCGUUCCUGGCAGGUGACAAGCCAUGCUAUGAAGACUUUAUGCUCGCCGCCUUUAUCACCUGGUUCAAGCGAGGCAGCGAGGCUAAUUUCAAGCGCCUGAUCCAGGCGGGAGAGAGAGACGAUGGGGUGAAUGUUCUCAAACGCUUCUAUGAGGCAUGUCGGCCGUGGGUCGAAGGACAUGGCGAGGUAGUCGAACUCAAAGACUGAUUUCUGGACGUGCAUGCAUCAUCAGCACCUGAUCAAGUCGAC